AUGGAAGUCCUCACCAUUCAAUCAACCCUUGCCACACCCCAUCACCAAGCUCUAGAACACAUCUACCUUACACCGAAGAAGCAACGGGUGGAUAUUGAGACCACCGAGAUCCUCCAAGAUGAAGAGAUUCCACGGACACCGGAAGAAAAACGCAUCGUUCCAAAGCUAUGGCAGAACCCCCAAACCUACGCAGUGCAGGCUCUCCACAGCCCCUGGCACCGCACCAUGUUACACCUCCAAAGCGCACUUUUCCACGCCUCCAUCGACUUUUUCCGCCACAAACUGCACUAUGAGUACCUUGUCGUUCCCCUCACCACGGGUAGUAUCAGUUCUCCAAUGGGUCUGGGUUCGGACUCUCAACCCGUCAGGAUCCAGCUGAACCACCAACCCACCUACCUCGCCGACUCUCAGCAAUUCCUCCUCGAAUACGCCCUGCGGCUCCAAGAUGUGCCCAACGGCGUGUACUACGCCGGCACCUCUUGCCGUGGGGAAGACCACGACGCCACUCACCUCAACCAAUUCUGCCACGUGGAAUGUGAACUUCUUGGCGGAUUGGCAGCAGGCAUGACCGUUGCGAGCCAAUACAUCAUUGACCUCACCCAAUCACUGCUUGAUUCGCACAGCACUGAGAUCGCUCGGUAUGCUGGUACCACAUCGCACAUGCAGCAGCUGCUCGAGCUCUACCGCGCAAACAACAACUCUUUCCCUACUAUCACCCUCGCCGAGGUACUGGCGCUGCCGGAGCUCACGAGUGAAAUGUGGGAAUGUGUCGUUCCGGGAGCCCCCGAAUAUGGACGUCUUAUCACGCGCAAGGGUGAACAGAUGCUUAUUGCCAAGUUUGGGGGUGCGUGCUGGUUGACGGAGAUGGAUCAUCUGAGUGUACCGUUUUAUCAGGCCUAUUCUCCAGGCACUCCGACGCAAGAGGUUGCCAAAGCCCAAUGUGCGGAUUUCUUGGUGGGAAUGGGUGAGGUCCUUGGUUGUGGGCAUCGGCAUGUUUCGGUGGAUCAGGCCAUGCGUGGCUUACGGGAGCAUGGGGUUAACCCUGAGGACUAUAAGUGGUACUUGGAGAUGCGGAGAGAGAGGGAUCUGGAGACGACGGGGUGGGGGAUUGGGACGGAACGGUAUCUGUGUUGGGUUUUGGGACAUGACGAUGUGCGAGAUGUGCAGAUUUUCCCAAGAUUGAAGGGCUUAGAGUGUGCGCCUUGA